AUGGGGAUAGAGAGGAGUACCAAUGAGAGCAAGCUGGCAGGUUUUAUCCUGUUGGGGUUUUCUGAUUAUCCUCAGUUACAGGAGGUUCUAUUUGUGGUCGUCUUCAUCUUGUACCUACUAACCAUUGUGGGGAACACCACCAUCAUUCUAGUAUCUCGUCUGGAACCCAAGCUUUGUACACCAAUGUAUUUCUUCCUUUCUCAUCUCUCCUUCCUGGACCUCUGCUUUCCCAGCAGUGUUAUUCCGCAGCUUCUGGUGAACUUGUGGGAUCCCAUGAAAGCCAUCACCUACACUGGCUGCAUGGUUCAGCUCUAUGUCUCCCUUGCCCUAGGAUCUACUGAGUGUGUCCUCCUGGCUGUGAUGUCCUACGAUUGCUAUGUCGCCAUCUGCCGUCCCCUCCAGUACACUGCCUUAACGCAUCACUGUCUCUGUGUGACCCUGGCUUCGUUGGCGUGGCUCAGUGGGGUGGCCACCACGCUCGUACAAUCCACUCUCACCCUGCAGCUUCCCUUCUGUGGGCAUCACCAAGUGGAUCAUUUCUUCUGUGAGGUCCCUGUGCUCAUCAGGUUGGCUUGUGUGGACACCACUUUCAAUGAGGCUGAGCUCUUUGUGGCUAGUGUCUUAUUCCUUAUAGUGCCUGUCUCCUUCAUCUUGGUCUCCUACGGCUACAUUGCUCAAGCAGUUUUGAAGAUCAAGUCAGCCAGUGGAAGAAAGAAAGCAUUUGGGACCUGCUCCUCCCACCUGAUGGUUGUCAUCAUCUUCUAUGGAACCAUCAUCUUCAUGUAUCUGCAGCCAGCCAAGAGUCGAUCCAAGGACCAGGGGAAGUUUGUCUCCCUCUUCUACACCGUGGUCACCCCCAUGCUCAACCCUCUUAUCUAUACUCUGAGGAACAAAGACGUUAAGGGGGCACUGAGGAAAGUUCUAGGGAAGAUUCUGGGAGUAAAUUUUACAUGA